GUUAACCCCGGGAGCACAAAGUUCUCGUAUGCCUAAUCGGAACCCGUGACUCCUUCGGUCCCUGCGACCAUCUCCCCGAUCCCGCUCUCCCUCAGCUAGAGGGGUUCCAUCUGGGCCGAUGGAGCAGAGCGGCAGCCACACGGAAGACUUCUCUAUCAACGUGGCUUCCGUCACACUGGGCUCCCCCAGCUCCGCCGACGUCCAGGUGUCGGACGACGACAAGGCCGGGGCCACUUUGCUCUUCUCCGGUGUCUUCCUGGGCCUGGUGGGGAUCACGUUCACGGCGAUGGGCUGGAUCAAGUACCAGGGCGUGUCGCACUUCGAGUGGACCCAGCUGCUGGGGCCCAUCCUGCUCUCCGUGGGGGUGACCUUCGUCCUGAUUGCUGUCUGCAAGUUCAACAUGCUGUCAUGCCAGUCCCACAUGGACAGGGAGGAGAGGCCGGCCGAGGGGGACCCGGCGCCCGGGGGGCCGGCCUUCGUCUUCACUGGGAUCAACCAGCCCAUCACCUUCCACGGGGCCACCGUGGUGCAGUACAUCCCCCCUCCGUACGCCCCCGCAGGUGCUGCCCACCUGCCCCUGGGGGCUCUGGCCGCCCCUGGGGUGCCAGUACCCACCCCAAGCCCCCCACAGUACUACGCCAUCUACCCACAGGACAACGCGGCCUUCGUGAACGAUGACGAGCCCUCCUGGCCUUCCGUGUUGCUGGCUCCUGGCGAUGGCAGGUCCUCCCCGGCGGCUAGACAGCUCGAGGAGGCCCCACCAGAGGACAGCUGGACCUGUUGCUACUCCCCUCCCCCUUAUGAGGAAAUCUACCCGGUCCCACACAGAGACUGAACUUAGGGGGAGAAUGGGGUCCCGGAGCUGUGGUUGCACGGACGUGUCCGUGGUCUUACUUCAGAGGCUUUGAGGCUGCAGGUCCUCCCAGGGGUCCCGGGGGGCUGGGCGUGCACUAAUUCAGGAAGUUGGGGAGGGAUGGGGAGGCAUUUCCUUUGGAGGGGAGAGAAGGAUUUUGGUAGGGACCACCACUCCAGCCCAGGAAGGUCCACUUAAGGGUCCUCAAAUCUCACCAAGCCAUUUCAUCCCAUUGCCCCAAAUCUCCCCAAGGCAUGGGGACACAAGCCCUCCCCACCCCACAGUUUUCCAGCUGACUGGCAGAGGAGGGUAGAGCCCCCUAGCCUUUUUCUAAUCUUCUUUCUCCUCCAGUGGGGUCAAUAUAGGGUCUCCCUGGACACCCAGGAGCCCCCUCGAAGGUUUCUAAGUGACUCUCAAGGCUGGGAGCUAAGACCAUGCCCCUAGCCAUGAGAGCAGCCAGAGUGAGCUGGAUGGAUUCUGUUUCAAUAAGCUGGUCUGAGGAGAGGACACUGGGUGCCUUGGACAGUGAGGAUAUUUUGCUGCUGCUAUUUCCCCUUGGGGUGGUGAAGUGAUGUCAGUGACCCUGGAUACUUAAGAAAAUCAAAAUUUAGUGGAAGGAAGACUUUGGGGCUUGCAAGCAACAGGGGAGUCAACUCUCUUCUGAAAUAAAGGUUUCCUAAAACCAACCCUGUCCAGGCAGUGUUUUGGCUCCCUCCCUGGCAGAUUCUCCCAGCAGAGAAGGGAGAUGGGAAGACAGGGGUUAGACAGGACUGGGGAAAGGGAAAGGAUGUGAGGGUUAUGGAGGGGCAGGGUCAGCUUCAGGCAGUAAGCCAGGGGAGCAGCAGCUCAGGAAGCAUCAGAGGGAGAGGCUGACUAUGGAAUGGUUGAAAGUUUGAAAGUGCUCAGCUUCCCAGGCACCUGAGUAGGGAACAUGGGCUUGGGGGUCAGAGAGCAUGGGUUCUAAUCAAUCCCAGCUCCGCCACUUGCCUGCUGUGUAACCUUAGAAAAGCCACUUCACUCUCUGCAACUCAGUUACCUCAUCUGUAAAACGGGGAUUAAAACUGUGAGCCCCACGUGGGACAACCUGA